UGACAUCCAGUAGAAAGACACUUCGAAGAUAACAAGCGUCAGUCAGUAGAGUGCAAAGUUUUGCACUGAAAACAACACAAAAAAUGGAUCCCAACGCCAGCAUCGAUGUUGAAUAUAAAGUUUGUCGAAUUUGUGUUCAAUCCACCGUAGAAGAUAGCUAUCCCCACAAUGAACUGUACGAUGAAGUCAGCGUCGAAACGAUGCUCAAGGAAGUGCUAGAGAAGUUGCAGAUUCCUGACGAUGAAAACCUCGCUGUACGAUGCUGUAGCUCUUGUAGAGAAGAGCUCUGGAUUACCUAUCGCUUCAUAAAAAAAUUGGAGGACGCCAACAAUAAGAUCAAGAACCUCGAGCAUUACGUUGUGGAAGCUGACAAAAGUGAUCCCUUGACGGAAUCUCCUAGUAAAUCACAAAUAGAUGUUAAAUUGGAAUAUGAGGUAGAAGAUUACUCAACGUAUGAACAAGAAAACACAAAUGAUUUUGAUGAAACAGACAGCGAUGAUAAACCAUUAAUGCAACGGCGAGCGAAGCGCAAACCUGGAAGAAAACGCAAGAAAGUCAAAACUGAUCCAGAAGACUCUGAUGAGAGCGAAUACUCACCGAAACAUGAGCAAGAGGAAAACUCAUCAGCAUCCGAGGCCGAGGAAAAGGAGGAACUAACUAAACACAAACGAACUCGAUACGCAAUCACGGCCAAUUCGCAACCGAAGCGAUGCUGUGGCUGCAAGGAACCCGUCAGCACGCACGAACAGCUGGAAGAGCAUUCCGAAAAAUUCCACCAGCAACGAGCGUUCGAUGCUGAGAUACUCGAACAGAAGCCGGAAGAGUGUUCGAUAUGUUACGAGAGGUUUGAGACGAGAAUGGAACUCCUUCUGCACCGCAGAAAAGCUUUUGCUAAAGAGUUACACUCGUGCAAAAAGUGUCCUGCCGAUUUCGCGAAUGCUUACAACCUGAGAGUUCAUUUGAAGAACAACCACAAGCGGGAGAAAAUCGUGAAACAAAUCGACGAAAUCCGCCAAAAAGUGCACAUUUGCUGCAAAUGCCACAAACAGUUCGAAACUAAAGAACUGAUGAUAGAACAUGGCAACGCGGAGCACAAAAUGCGCCAUCCCCCGGAUACGGAGAACCAGAUCGAGUGUGAAGUCUGCCAUCGUCGGUUCAAGUCGGAGCACGUACUAACCGAGCAUCAACGCAGACCGUAUCGGGCUCACCGAUACCAGUGUGCACACUGCGGAAAAACUUUCCAAGAAAAGCAGGUAUUUCUGGACCACGAGCAAAGCCACGCCAACAUCCGGCCGUACCAGUGCCACAUGUGUCCAAAGUCCUUUUCGCUGAAAACCAACUACGUUACCCAUAUAAAGUACCACUCCCUGCCGAGCGAUUACUUCAAGUGCGACAAAUGUGGCAAAGGGUUCAAGAAAAAGCAUCUCUGGCAAGACCAUCAGGUCAUUCACAUCGAAAGCGCAGAACGACCCUUCAAAUGCCAUCUUUGUCCCAACACAUUCACCCGCCAACAACUGCUGGAUUUCCACGUGAAGGAACACCUUGGGGCAAAACCGUUCAAGUGUACAAAGUGUACCUCGUCCUACAUCCACGAACGGGACUUGCGCAGGCACAUCCGGGCUAAACACGAACCUAUCGUACCGUUUAGUUGCGAACUUUGCUCGAAAGAAUUUCACCGGAAGGAUGCUUACAAAAAGCAUCUGAAGACUCACGAAGAUGAGGAGGCGAAGAAUUUGGGAUGUCAAAUUAAAUUGUAAGAUUGUAACAACUGGAAUUGGCAAUAAAAUCUUUCGUGAAAAAGGUCAUAUUAAAAAUUAAA